CUCCAGUCCAAGUCCAAGCUCAGCUUCAGUUGCUUGGGCGAAGCGUUGCUGAGCGGUCAGAAACAGGCAGCCACCGAAAGCCAGCCCAUUCGUGUUUUUGUUUUGUUUUCGCCCAGCGAUAGCCACCGGUUUUCAGCUUUAGUGGCUCUGCUGGUGUGCUUUUUAGCGGUGUUUUUUUUUUUAUUUUUUAUUUGUGAUUCGCUCGGUACUUUUGCUUUAUUUGAUAUUAUUUUAUUUUGUUGAGCUGUGUUGUGCUGUGUUGUUUUGUGCCUGAUUGCCACCGCAUUCAAAGUGCUCUCGACGCACUCAAUACAAAUCAUCGAUACGUAUACGGAUACGUAUAUUUCCUUAUCAAAGACCGAAAAAAGGUCGUGUCAAAGCUGACUGAAGAUGGUCUCGGCGAGCAGGUACUUUCCACUGCGUCUCCUGACGAUCGCCACUUUGGUGCAGCUAACAGUUGCGGAUGAGGGUGAUCCAUGCCAGGUGAAGGCUGACAUUCCGGGCAUUUGCCGGGCCUCCUCAGCCUGCAACAACAUCGAGGGAUACCUCAGGCAGGGCGCCCUGUCCACCAGCCAGGUGCCGAGUUGCGGAUUCGGGGCACGCGAGGAGAUCAUCUGCUGCCCCAUCGCCGCCUGCUGCCCCACUGACCGAGCUUCCGAUGUGCAAGUCCUUGCCACGAGCUCCGAGCGCAGCAGGUUACCUCAAACUCAACCACAACCACAAGUGGAACCGGAACCACAGCCACAACCAGAACCAUUACCAUUGCCCUCAACAACCACCGAAAGAACAAAGAAACGGGAAUCUCAACUGGACGAAAACCAGAACUUCUUCGACUUCAACAAGCUGCUCAGCACAACCACUUUCAAGCCGCAGCGAACCCACGAGUCCCUCAAAUUGCCCUCAAGCCAAGACUCUGUGAGAAGACCCACUCAGGAGUCCUUGAAUAGACCCACCCAUGAGUCCAUGAGUAGACCCACCAAAGAGUUCUUGGGUAGACCUACCCACGAGGCCAUGAAGAUGCCCAUCCAGAAUGUAGGCGCUUGGGGCAUAGCUCCUCCAAAGACUUCACCCACAACAACCACGCAGAGAUCUUGGAUGGAGCCGCAAUGGGGGUGGGAAAAUCGCGAGCCACGGAUAGUAAACCGACCACUGACCACGCCCCGUUCGCGACCCAACAAGCCCAAGAAUCCCAGUCCCAGUCCCAACAAUAGCAAUCUCAUACACUUGGUCAACGAUCGACUGCGUCAGCAGGGAAUGCAGAUAGAGCCGGCAAGGGAAGUGCCACAUCCAGCAACAUCGCCUCCACCACCCACGCCCAUGCCCACCAAAGUGAUGGAUCCCUUCGAGCCAUUUCGAUUUCGGGGCCAGGACAGGGAUACCAAAGAACCCAAGGAGCCGAAGGAGUCCAAGGAGGAGGUGACCCAACCGGAACCCUGGAAGGAGCCCAGCAAUGAUCUGGACUUUGGCCCAGCCGAGUCGCGUCCGUCGACGACGACGCCCAGCACCAGGGUCAAUGUGCCGGACAAGGAGCGACCAGCGGUGGCAGCCUGUACAAAGAUCCGGUCCGGAGAGAGGCCGAUAACGGUUCACAUCCUGGGCGGUCUGCCCGUGGAUCCUGGGGUCUACCCUCACAUGGCGGCCAUCGCAUACACCACCUUCGGAGCAGUGGACUUCCGCUGUGGCGGAUCGCUCAUCGCCAGUCGCUUCGUCCUGACCGCCGCCCAUUGCGUGAAUAGUGACAGCACGACGCCGACCUUCGUCCGCUUGGGUGCGGUGGCCAUUGAGAAUCCCGCCGCUGGCUUCCAGGACAUCAAUGUGAUUGAUAUCCACAUUCAUCCGAACUAUUCGAGCAGCAGCAAGUACAACGAUAUUGCCAUUCUGGAGCUGGCCGAGGAUGCCAUUGAGUCGGACAACAUCCGACCCGCCUGCCUCUACACGGAUCCAGAGAAUCCGCCCUUGGACUCGAAAAUAUUCGUGGCCGGUUGGGGUGUUAUGAAUGUGACAAAUCGCGCCAGGUCGAAGAUCCUGUUGCGGGCCAGUCUGGACCUGGUGUCCGUGGAGAAGUGCAACGCGUCCUUCGGGGAGCAGCCGAGUGCCAUGAGGGCCUUGAAGCAGGGCGUGAUCGACUCGCUGCUGUGUGCGGCGGACAAGAAGCAGCAGAAGGACGCUUGCCAGGGCGACUCCGGUGGUCCGCUCAUCCUGGAGACGAACGAGGUGGACGGCGUCUACUCGAUCCUGGCCGUCAUAUCCUCGGGCUUCGGCUGCGCCACCAAGACACCGGGCCUCUACACGCGGGUCACGUCCUUCCUCGACUAUAUCGAGGGCAUUGUGUGGCCGACCAACCGGGUGUGAUGGACGAUGGACGAUGGGCGAUGGGCGAAGAGUCAUUUGAUCUGCAAUAAAUUUAGUUUGAACGGA